AUGGCUUUUGUCAACCAGGCAGUGCCAGACAUCCGCAGAAAGCUCCAACGACUGGACUGUUUCAUGGAUAAGCAGAUGUCAGAACUUGUAACAAUAGCUGGAAAAGUUUAUAAUGAUAGAGAGACUCCAGAAGAUAAACAAACCUCAGAUGAAGAAGCCUGCCGCUCAGCCACAGAGGCCUUGCUGAGAGAACUGGACCUCAUGGGAUACCGAGUUUCAGCCAGAAAAGGCCUUGGUGUAGCUGGGGCAAUAGGCACUGGCACCUCCGCUCUGGUGCUUCAAGACAAAAACUACAAAUACCUAAGGUCAGCCAUCGAUGCAGAUUUAGAACAAUUAGAAAAAUCAAUCACCCUCUUACAGGACUCUCUCUCCUCCUCAGCUGAGGAAGCACUACAGCACAGACAGGAACUGGACCUGCUGUUCCUCCUGCAAGAGAAUCCAAAGAAGGGGCAAGAGACCAGUAUAUCAUCUAAAAACUCAAGCCUUAAAUGCUGGUGCCAAUGGUUAAAUAUGAAGCGUUACCCUUUUUUGUCUCGUACUUCCAAACCUUCUUGGAGUUUCUCCUCUCAGGCAAAUCACAGCUCCGAGGAUCUCUUCCUGCUCCUGGGUUUCUCCGACUGGCCCUCGCUGCAGCCAGUCCUCUUCGCGCUGGUCCUGCUUUGCUACCUGCUGACCCUGACGGGCAACGCGGCGCUCGUGCUGCUGGCGGUGCGCGACCCGCGCCUGCACACGCCCAUGUACUACUUCCUCUGCCACCUGGCCCUGGUGGACGCGGGCUUCACCGCGAGCGUGGUGCCCGCGCUGCUGGCCAGCCUGAGCGGCCUGGCGCUGCGGCUGUCCCGGGGCGGCUGCGCGGCGCAGCUGUGCGCGUCGCUGGCGCUGGGCUCGGCCGAGUGCGUGCUGCUGGCGGUGAUGGCCCUGGACCGCGCGGCCGCCGUGUGCCGCCCGCUGCGCUACGCCGCGCUCGCCUCGCCGCCCCGGUGCCGCGCGCUGGCCGCCGCCUGCUGGCUGGGCGGCCUGGCCAACGCCGCCGCGCAGACCGCGCUGCUGGCCGCCCGGCCGCUGUGCUCGGCCCGCCGGCUGGACCACUUCAUCUGUGAGCUGCCCGCGCUGCUGCAGCUGGCCUGCCGCGGCGGGCGGGGCGCCACCGAGCGCCAGAUGUUCGCGGCGCGCGUGGUCAUCCUGCUCGUGCCCUCCGCCGUCAUCCUGGCCUGCUACGGCGCGGUGGGCCGCGCGGUCUGGGGCAUGCGCUCCCGCGCGGGCCGGAGGAAAGCAGCGGGCACCUGUGGCUCGCACCUGACCGCCGUCUGCCUGUUCUAUGGCUCGGCCACCUACACCUACCUGCAACCCACGCACAGCUACAACCAGGGCCGGGGCAAGUUCGUGUCGCUGUUCUACACCGUGGUUACGCCCGCUCUCAACCCGCUCAUCUACACUCUUCGGAAUAAGGAGGUGAAGGAGGCAGCCAGGAGGCUUCUGCGGAGUCUUGGGGAGACAGCGAGAGGCUGGGGAGGGCGCAGAGCACCGGGACGAGGAUACCCAUUUGGGCAGUAG